CAGUGUAUGCAUUAUUUGUUGCUUAGUUUCAGCAGAGAUUCCAAAGCGUUUGGGUGUGUUUUUUUUCGUAUUACGGGCUGUCACUUUGUAGCUGAGCUGUCAAACGUCACGACCACUGCAAAGACUAAGAAGAAAUACACAAAUAAAACCAGAGUGCGUGUGUGUGAAUGGAUAAAACGCCACCAGACAAUUAAUGAGAAAAAAAUUUGGCAACUUUUCAAGAAACUAAUUAAAUAAAAGCAACAAAUAUAAAAAAAAAAAACUAAAGGUAACUGCGUGGUGACGCGCAUUUGUUGACAUUGAAAUUGUGUUGAAACGCUGGUGUAUGGAGCAAAAGUUUUAUUAAUUUUAAUUUUAAUAGUUGUGUAAUCACAGUUGACUUUUAAUUAGUGCAACGGCGAAAAAGUACAAUAAAAAAUUAAAAAAAAAAUUAGUUAGCGAAAAAAUAGUGACCUAAUACCAACACACAUACACAUAUAUAUUAAAAAAAAAAUACGUAAGCAAGUGUAUUCGCUUCUAUAGAAUCCAAUAAUCGAGCGAGCGAUCGGAGCAAAUAGCUGAAGUUUUACGUACGUAGAACAACCCCCCACCCGCAGCAGCAGCAGCAGCAGCAGCAACGUCGCCGCGACACGUAAACUCCAACGCAACAAUACAUAGUUAUAACAAGACGAAAGAACUGGUAUAUCAAGCAGCAAAUUCUUAGAAUUUAAUCGGCAAAAAUCAGCAAGUGCUACCACAACAACAAAAACAAUAGCAGAGAAGGUAGGAGCAACAAAAAUUCUCGCUGAGAUAACCGCCUAAUCAAGCAAAGCAGAACAACAAAAAAAAUUAUCCGCAAUAGAAGCGCAUAACGAAUCUCCCGACACCCAAGAACCUCCGUCUCCCCCCUCCAUCAAGCAAAAUGCAGGCCAUCAAGUGCGUCGUUGUCGGCGAUGGUGCCGUUGGUAAGACUUGUCUGCUCAUCAGUUACACAACAAAUGCCUUUCCCGGCGAGUAUAUACCCACCGUAUUUGACAAUUACUCCGCCAAUGUGAUGGUCGAUGCGAAACCCAUCAAUUUGGGUCUUUGGGAUACAGCCGGUCAGGAGGAUUACGAUCGUUUGCGUCCACUCUCCUACCCGCAGACUGAUGUCUUUCUCAUUUGUUUCUCUUUGGUAAAUCCGGCCUCAUUCGAGAAUGUACGCGCCAAAUGGUAUCCGGAGGUACGUCAUCACUGUCCCAAUGUGCCGAUCAUUUUGGUGGGCACCAAGUUGGAUUUGCGCGACGAUAAGGCCACAAUCGAGAAGCUGAAGGAGAAGAAACUCACACCCAUCACCUACCCACAGGGUUUGGCUAUGGCGAAGGAGAUUGGUGCUGUUAAGUAUCUCGAAUGUUCGGCGCUGACGCAGAAGGGCUUGAAAACGGUGUUCGAUGAGGCCAUACGUUCGGUGUUGUGCCCGGUGAUGCGCGUGAAGCGAUCGCGCAAGUGCGAGCUGUUGUAAGACGAUGCUGGGUGUGAGCUGAAGUGUUGGGGGAAGUAACGAUGUUGCAUUUUUUUUAUUUUUAUUAGGGGUAUUCACGAUCCGGUGCAUACUGUAUAGCAUGGUGAAUAGAUAGC